AGCUACACUGAAUAACAGACAUCCUAAGAGGGGAUAUUUUUCAUCUCUAUAAUGAAGAAAAGCAGGAGUGUGAUGACAGUGACUGCAGAUGAUAAUGUUAAAGAUUAUUUUGAAUGUAGCUUGAGUAAAUCCUACAGUUCUAGUAACACACUUGGGAUUGACCUCUGGAGAGGGAGAAGGUGUUGCUCAGGAAACUUGCAGUUGCCACCACUGUCCCAAAGACAGAGUGAAAGGACCAGGACUCCUGACGGUGACGGCAUUUCCAGACCUACCACACUGCCCUUGACAACACUUCCAAGCAUCGCUAUUACAGCUGCAAGCCAGGAGUGAGAGAGAGAGGAAGGG